AGAUAUUAUUUCUUUUGGGAAAAGCUGAGGAAAAUAUGAUUUCCAAUUUGAAGAUAUUGUUAGCCGUUCUUUUACUUUCGCUAGUGGAAGGGGUUCGUCAGAAAUCUUGCCCAGACGGAGUCAGGGGUACACACUUUACCUUGAAGAAAAUCUUUGGUAGACUGGAACGUUAUGGAAGAUUUAUAAGGCCAACAACUAAUGAAUCGGCGCCAAUUGAAGUUGGUUAUCAACUAACUCCAAUUUAUAUUAGCGCAUUAAAUACAGGAAAUAACAUAGUAACCCUUCACGUUUGGGAGACGAGAAAGUGGGUCAAUUCGUUCAUGAAAUGGAGGAAUUUUUGCAGCGUUAGCUUGAGAGUACCCGUUAAAAGAAUGUGGAUUCCGGAUGUUGUUGUUGCGAAUGAGUAUAGAAUUAUAAUAUGA